AUGACCUACUUCCAAACAGAGGGCAUUAAUGUACCUGUAGCGGUGCAAAUGACUCAGUUGGGAGCAGACAAAGUCCCUAUUUUGGGAAUUCAAUGUCACCUUGAGGACGAACCCAUCUUUGACAAAUGGGCGCUUUCAGGCAAACAUCACCCCAAGUAUGAUGUAUUCCACAGGAAAAUUCAGAAGUCAGGAAGAUCCCAGGACUUGCGGAAAGCUUUGGCACAACACAUGGCGGCAGUGGACGCCAUCACUGGAAUUCCUGUGGACAACAUCAGCCCAGCCCACUCAAAGGCUGUUUUCGAAUCCAUGCAACAACUGACAAAUGACAAGGGCCAUAAAAUCUUUACAGAUUUGGAGCCUCAUAAGACUGCUAUAGUCACUGGAAAGCACUAUGUGUUAUGCCACAAGGAUGACCGGGAUCUGGCAGUUCAGGAAUUGCAAAAACUGUUUGAUGUGAUGCCAACAGCACAACACUUUCAAGGAAAAAAGCCAUCAAUACCUGAAAGACAGCCACGGCCACCAAAAGACACCAGGUUUGAUGAUUACUCUGUCUCUGACACCAGGACUUUCCAAGAUAGAAGAGAUGAGGGAGACUCCCUGGGGAGCACCUCUUUGAAUGGCCAAGAGGAUUACAACCAGCAUGUAUCAAGGUGGCAGAAAUUCUAUAAACGAAUGAAGAAUACUAAACCAGCUGCAGAGAUCUCGGUGCCAGCUGUACCCCCCACUUCUGGGAUGGGAGGCGACUUUAGUGCAUCUCAGUCAAAAGAAAUUCAAGAUUUGAAGUUGGCACAAACAAAGUUAGAAGAAAAGUUAGCAGCACAGCAGGUGGCUCACCAGCAAGAGAUGGAGCGACGGCUGCAAAACCAACAGGAAUUCCAUCAUCGAGAGAUGUUGAAAAUGCAACAGCAACAACAAACUAUCAUUCAACAAGCGCAUCUCAUUCUUAUAUGCAGGGGAUGCUACCACCAAUGGGCCAGCAGUAUGGACACCCCUACCGACCACAGUAUGGCUACCAACAUCAGAUGA